ACGAGCGGGGCUACACGGGCAGUAUGGCGGAGGAGGGCAGUGUGUGCGAGGUAGACGGGCUCCAGAGACGACUGCAGGGUGUGUUGAGCCGCCAUUCAAGUGAUGAAAUACGGGCAGAUAGUCAGCCUUUCUGCUCUGACUUCUGCAAGCUGGUGGAGGACUACGCCUCUCGCUGGCAGGUGCCGCUGCCUCAGCUCAGGAUCCUUGAGAUAGCUCUCCGCUACUUCGCUCAAGCCUCCACCUUCUUCACAUCAAACUGUGAUCAUGUGCUCCACACACUCAGCAGUCUGGCCUUGAGUGUUUUUGAGUUGCUGCUGUUCUUUGACCAGAAGGACUUCCAUCAGGAGCCACUGAAACACUUCACUGUUACAUUCCAGGAAUGUCACUCAGCGCUUGCGAGCCAUCAGAAUGUUCACUUGCUUCAGGUGGAGCGUUUGGUUCGGGGUGGUGGGCCUUGGGCUGGCCCAGCCUUACAGGCAAUCCUCAGUGAGUCCAGUUUACCUCAGAGUGAAGUGGACGGGUGCAUCAGCUCUGAGCUGCCGGUGUUCUUUGAGCUCCGGGUGCGCUACCUCUUAUCCCGUGAGCGGGUCAGUGAGGCCAUGGCCCUGGCUAGGUGUUGUGCCCGGCAUCCCACGGCAGGACAACACUUGUUCUUCCUCCAGGUCUACCUCACGUGGCUUUUCAAAACCUCACAGCAUGACCACCUUCACAAAGAGGUGGCUGAAUUAAAUGGUAAAGAUGCAAUUCACAUCAUCUGUAGUUUGGAGUGUGAGGAAAAGGAUGAGUUGCUGUUGGACCUCAGCCGAGCUUUCCUCUCCCAGCAGCUGCGCAGGGGAGACAUGUACUAUUUGUGUGAUCUCGUCUUCAUAUGGAGUAAACUUCACAGUCGGUUGAAUACAUCCAAGCAAGCUCUACUUGAGGAGAGUCAUCAGCUGAUGCUGUCUGCCACCAACGUCAACUCAAUCUUCCCAUUCAUCAGAGCCAUACUGCAAGAGCUGGGUGAAGAUGGUAUCCAGUUCUGCGUGGAGCUGUGUGCUAAUGCCUUGGGGUCUUGCCUUCCCUGUGACGUCAACACCAAGUCCCUAAUCUACAAAACCAUCGCUGGCCUGCUACCCAAUGACCUGGAGGUGUCCCGGGCCUGUGCUCUUCUUAUCUUCUUCCUCGAACGCACUGUUGAGACCUACAAGCUGGUGUACUUUCUUUACAUGCAUCCUGAUCAGGAUUACCACGUGGAGUAUAGCCCCAUCAGAAAUCACGUUCGCUUUGAAACCCUGCAGGUCUUGAAGAAGGACCUGUAUUUUGACCCAGAGUUUUGGAACCUCAUAGCUUUGCGGACCAACUGUUUGAAGCUGCUGAGCGAGAAGGUGGUUAGUAGUGCCCUGGAAGAGAUCAUGGAUGACAAAUGGAUCCAGAGCUAUUGCGCCAAAGAACCCGCUUCAUCAGCAUGUCAGAAAGGAAGUAAAGGGGCGGCAGCUAGAAAGCGGCACCACAAAGAGGACAGACGUCAUAAUGAGGAUACUGACACCACAUCCAAGAAAAUAAAGGAUGGCCAAGGAAAAACACGACUACAUGACCACACUGUAAAGAAGAAAGGCAGCCAAGGGUCAUCAAAACCUGGACCUUUGAGGCGUUCAUUUUGGCAACUAGACAGACUACAGGACAAAGUAGCCGUUGGGAAUGGAGAACUUCGACGCACUACGAGACUCUCAGAGAAAAACCCACCGAAACGGAGGAUUAGACAACCCAAGUGGCUUCUUGAAGACUCAGGAACUCUCGGAGAGAAUAAUGUUCAUCCAAAGAUCAAAAAGCAUGGGUUGAAACAUCAAAAGCACCAUGGAUCCAGUGUUGUAAGCCGGUCAGAAACUGUUGAGCUCAAGAACAAUGCUCAUUUAAUGGCAAAGGAAAACGGCGGCAAGCACCAGAAGGGGUUUUCAUUGGACUCACAUAAACCAUCUACUCUUCCUCAAGUAAUCCUUGAGCUCUCCCUGCCAGACAAUGAACUGAUGGGAACGUUUAAUGAGGACACUUGCAACAGACCGAGAGGUUUCCCUCAAGUGCUUCUUUACAGACCGACGGUGAAGGUUCCUGCCAAGUCACAAACCGUGAAGACUGUGCAUCGCAAAGAGGUGAUUCUGAGAGCGCGGGAUGCGCCCAUGUUUGUACAGCAGUUGCACUGUUAUGCUCGGCGGCAGAAAGGGAAAGGUAUUGGACCCAAUAUCCAAGGCUCAGUAUCAACAAUAACACGCUCCUCAGUGCAGGGAAGUCCUCCGAAAGAUCAAGAGAGAGAGCUCUGUGACAAACCUGCUGCUGAGAUUAAAGGUGGAAUUACCCCUCACACAGAAGAAGCAGCUGAUGUUACAAAAUCCUCAGCACCCGAAAAAGUCCCUGAAGCUCAAACUACAAAAGCAGGCUCACGAAAUACAUUUUCAGGAAAAGAGCUCUCUGAGAAGUCAGCUGCUGAGAUGAAAGUAACAAAGUCGUCACAGACAUCAGCAGCAACUGAAGUUACAGAAGCCCCAAUGUUAGAUAAGGUCCUGCAAGCUCAAACCAUGGCUUCAGCAAGAGAGCUGUGUGACGGGUCUGCUGUUGAGAUGAAAGUCACAAUUGCCUCAACAGCAAAUAAAAUGACUCCAUCCCGAGGUUUAGAUAAGGUCUCUAAAGCCGUUAAAGACGCUUCAAAAACCACAACUCCAGCUGAGGUUUCCCAAACUUCACCUGUUGUCAACAAUCAGAUGGAAGUUCUUGAUAAAUUCCCUCCAGUCUCAAAUAUGGCCAACAUUUCAAGCAUUGGAGCUGCUGAUCCCACGCCCUCACAGUCUCAAGAUGUCCUCAGAGAUGGGAGGCAAGAACUGAAGUCACUCUCUUCUCAGGCUAAAACUAGUAAAAAUCCUGGUGCCCAAGCAACAGCAGACUCCCCAGAGGAGCUCACUGCUGUCGGCAACAGCCUACCUGGGGUGGACGUUACAGAGGUUUCACCCAAAUUCCCAAAAGGACAUGUGCCUUGUGAAAAUGACACAAGUGGAAGAACAAAGGACACUAUUUCCACAGAUCAGGACAGUAUAAAUGACAUAUCUGCUCUGACGUUAGUGACAGAAAUGGUUACUGAACUUGCACCUGACUCACGUGCUCGAGAUCUGGAGAAUCGCAAACAGCCAGCACCAGAGGACGGUACCUCCAAAGAGCCAACAUCUGGAUGUAAAUCCAAAGUUCCUCACAAAUUACGAACUACCUCCAGCUGUGCCGCAGUUGCUGAUGUGCAAGUGAAGGAGGAGAGAACUCAGGAUUUUGAUCCAGAAACAUCUGAGGACAGUGAACUACCAGAAUCGGAGGAAUCCAAGUUGGAGUACUGUUGUACUUUCUGCAACAAGGUCUUUAAGGGAAGUCGUGUCGUAGAGCAUGCUAUGUUCCAUUAUCGUAGGGAUGAGUGCAUGUUCUGUGGGACGAUGUUCAAAGAUGAUCUUCUGGCCAUGAUGCACCUGUCCAACCAUAUUGAGAAGCUGAAGAGGAUCAAAGAGUCAGAGGCUAACAAUGCCCAUGAGACCAAAGAUGUCCCCACAUGUAAGACCUCUGCCAAAGCUAAGACCACAAACGUGUCUUCUGGGCGCCGUAGUAGUGGGAGAGCGAGGAAAUCUACAGAGUCUCCUAAAUCAACGAGCCUUUCACACUCAACCCCAUCUGGGUCCAGACAGUUGAGAUCCAAUGGCAAGCCAGUGGAUGAAAAGAUACAAAACCCAUCAAAGCACCUUCAGAGUAAAACUCCAGUACACAAGGUAAAUGGGCACAUUGGCAAAAAGAAAGACAUUGACGGAACGAAAAGGGAUGCCGUGACCUUGGAAGCUAAACCGCCACUUAAACAGCAGGAGAUCUAUCGAGAAAGAACAACGGAUGGAGCUGUAAACUCAAGGUUGCAGGAAAACCCAGAUACAGAGAUGGAUUCCUCUGAAACAUCAGCACAGGGCGACAAAGGGUUCAGCUGUUCCAAGAAGAAAGAAUCGUUGCAGAGCCUGAAGACAGCCACCAAACAAAGAGAGAAAGUAGUUGAGGAUAAACAUGUGGAGUCACAAGAGAAGGUUUCCUGUCCUGUGGAGGGUUGCAGCUGGUUUACAGACCUGUCAAAGAAACGCGUUGCACUCCUUUACCACGCCAUCGAAGAUCACUAUGGUGAGGUCAAACCUUUAGAAGUGGCGUUCCGUGUAGGAAACGGCAAAUGCAGUAGUUGCAUGAGGGUUAUGUGGAGUUUCGAACAUUUUCAGCACCACGUUGAGCGACACAGACUCUCUCCUCGGCAUCCUUGCCUUCAUCGGGGAUGUACUGCCAGGUUCAAAACUGGAAUGGAAAUGAGACGCCACGCCAGGAGGCACAGUCCGCUGCAGGCAUUGUGCUGCGUCCCUGGUUGUUCUCAUCUAUUUAUUUGUCUCUGGGCGCUGAACCUUCAUGAAAAAGAGCACUAUGCUUCCAAACCCACUAAACCAGACAAGAAUGCGGACGAACAAACGGGUGACAAACGGGACAACACGCCGGAUGGAAAGAAACAACCGGAUCAUAGUCUAAAGGAUGAAACUGCUACCACUGCUGUAAACACCACUGAGAGUGUAAAGGCUGCUCGGAAAUUAAGAGGGGAAGCUACACAUAACUCAUCUACAGAAAAACUAAAUUUGUUGAAAGAGGAGUCGAAAGAGCAAAAUGAGACCAAGGAUUCACAUGUCUUGAAGAAUCUUUCUAACAAGGACACCUCCACACAGCCCGCUGGCCCAAAACUGAGAUUAAGGCAAUCGAUAAGAAAGGUAACAAAUGCAACCAAAAGUCACAAAGUCAUCUCAUCAUCGUUGUUAAAACAGAAUAUCAAGGCGAGGCACAAGUUCAAGAAGAAGCAGGUCAAAGGAAACGCAAAAGGUCCGAAGAGAAGAGGGCGUCCUCCUAAAUCAAAGGAAGCGGUGCAUGAUGAAAAUACUACUGCUGGUCAAAACAGUGUCCCAGAAAAAACUGCACUGCUCGCAACCCCCCCUAAAGCAGCAGAGAGCUCAAAUGUGAGCGACGAGCCGAAAGAAGAAGAAGAGCAGGUCACAGAUGAAGUAAAAACUACAGAAACGUCAAUUAACAAAUCAAAGUCUAAGAAAUCAAUGAACAAGCAGAUGAAGAACAAUCACGUCAAACAAAAGGGGGUUUCACAUAAUACCCCAACAGCAAACAGUUUAAAUCAAUCAAUCAGCACCACCUCAGCAGACAAAACACACAAGUUAACAGCUAAGAAACUACAUAAAGUGAAAGGACGCUCCACUCCGAAAGAAAGUCAAACGGCUUCUUCAGACUCCAGCAAGUCAAGGAAGCACAAGGUUACAAGCGGCGAAGGCAACUCAACGAUUGCCAAGAAGAAAUGUCCUGUCAAAGAACCAGAAGGAAAAGUAAAGGCAGAAAACACAGACUCUGCACAAAGCGGCUCAGACUCUGUUUCUGCUGUCCCAGCUAACAGUCUAAAUGAGAGAACUGCACCACCAGCCACCUCAGGAGAGAAAACACAAGAGGUAACGGUAGAAAAAUCAAAGAAAUCACCCAUGAAAACAGAAGGACAGAAAGAAAAGAGUGCUAACAGUGCUUCUUCAGACUCAGGCAAGACAAAAAAGAAGCACAAGGAUAUAAAUAAAGAGGACAAGAAAACACUAAAGGGAAGACAGAAAGAUGCAAGCAAAACAUCUGCUUUGAAAAAGGAAGCCAAGUCGAAAUCUGUAGACCAACAAGUUGAGGCUAAAGCAGCAGAAGAGAGCUCUCCUGAUGUGGAAGGAAAAGCAAAAGAAGAAGCAACAGAUUCAGCUCUUUCCUCCGUCCCUGCUGCCACAGAUGGCAUCUUAAAUGACGCGACUUCUCCACCCACUGCCACUGAGGAGAACACACAGCAGGUAACAACAAAGGAAAAAUCCAAGAAAUCCCAUAUCAUGAAAAAGUCAGACCCCAACGAAGCAAGUAAGAAGCGCAAGAAUGUUCAUAAAGACGGUGACACGAAGAUUGUCAAGAAAAAACGCAAAGAUCAGGGAGCUCGUUCAGCAUCUGAGAAGCCUGAAAUGUCAACAACUGACGUCCCACCGCUCGCCGAGGUGAAAGCAGAGUUACUCGCUGAGGGUGAAGAGGGAAAAACACCACCAUCUACAAUUAGCAGCCCUGGUUACUCCCUCAUAAAGAAUGGACAAGCAGUAAAAGAAGAAGCUAAAUCUACAGAGCUAAUGGACGCUCUUGCCGUGUAUAGCAACAGGCCGUACAUGCGUCCGCCGCCUACAGCGUACCUGGAUGAGAAGUACAUCACCAUGCCAAAACGAAGGAAGGAGCUGUCGUCUCAGAGGAGUCUCCCUCCUCAGCAGGCCUCCAUGACGAAGCCUCUGCAGAGACAACGGUGUGUCAACUGUUUUGCUACUUUCAACAGUGCUGAGGAUCUGCAGAGUCACCUGCAGCUGCAGAAGUGCUCAAACCUCUUUGGAUUCGACUCUGAUGACGAGGGUAACGGUUUAACAUGUCUUAUAGAGUCAAAGUGAGUUGACGUUUUGGAUCCAUAACAUGCUGACCCCUGGACCUGAAUGGAGCCACCGGACGGACCAUACCUCGACAGAUCAGGGCUCUCUGGACGACCCGUUCAUUACUGUGGGCAACAACGCGUUCAUCUGGAGACGGAGAACUGAAACGGGUCACCUGACUUUCACUGCAGCAUGUGCCUGUAACGUAAGGUCCACAAGACAUGAAACAGCCAAUCGAAAUAAAAGGGAACUGAACUGAAUCCCAGUCAGACCGUUAGCAGAACAGCUAGUACUGAAGUGCCUGCUCUGGAACCGCCGUGCUGUUUCCAGCUGCUUCACCUGGUAUGGAGAUUAGGAAUUGUGGCUUAAAGUCUGGACUCUUGAAAGCUGUGAAAAAAACAAAAAACACUGACGCAAGACGACUAGGCUGCUCCUGCUAUCACUAGGAAACAUGUUUUUCACAUCAGUAAGCCAUAUAAUGCCAUUGUUUGCUUUUUGCACUCAUAAGAUUUCUCAAUUUCUUUCUGCUUAAACUCUGAGUGAUGGGGAUUGUACGACGACUGAGGCAUCUAACAGUCAUGCUAUUUCAACAUCUCAUGGUUGCAUAUGAAUUUCUAAACUUGGAAAAGUUGCUGUAUCAGAAUCUUAUUUGGAGAAAUGUUAUGUAUAAUUCUUGUUUAAAUACUAAUUUUAUGUCUUAUAUCCCUAUGGGCUUUAUUAGGUCUGUGCUUGUCCUCCCAUUGAGUAACCAGUAGAGGGCACUGUGCACCAAUCUCUGUUAACAUUAAUUUUUUCCUCCUGCAAAGCAGAAGAUGUUAUUUUUUGCUCUUCUUUGCAACAGAAUGAAUUCUUCAUACAAAGCUGCUCCACUGUAUUUAUCACUGGAGGGACUCGAGAAACGGCUUCUCUUCCAUUCACAUCCAUCACGCUGUAUUUCCUUUAGCAAUAACUACUACCAACCACAACAUUUUGCCAGGUUCUGUCAUGACCGUGUUGAGUUUAUUAUUCGCUGACCUUCGGGCUCGUAUUAUAUUUUCUCACUUAAACAUUAAUUUUAACUUGACAAAACUUGCUAAGACCUUUAGAAACUCUCAAAUACAACCACAGUUUUAAAGUGUUAUCGGGAGGCCGCACCAGUCCUUCAUGAGCAGCAGCAGGUUAUAUUUAUUUAUCUUUUAUUUUUUAUCUUUUGUAAAUAUAUGAAGAGUUUCAAUCGCGUAUUAUAUAAGGUGGGUGUUGGAGCCAGGGGUUUAUAUUUUGUUCUUGAAGUAAAAAUAAAAUCUUAUUUCAA